AUGAGCCGCAUUUACGACCAGGGCGCCCUGAGCACCAAGGCUGUGCACACGGAGCGCCUGCGCGGCCGCUGGGACCCCGCCUCCUGGCAGCGGUAGGCGGUGGGCCGCUUCAGCGGGGAGGGGCCUCUGAGCAUGUGCAGGGUGCGCAGUGACGCUUCCCGCCCUUGCAGGCUGAGCGGGUGCAGCGUCGAGGGGUCGGGUUUGAUGCCCAGGGACAUUUGUGUGGAGGGAAAAGAGCUGAGCACCAAGAAUGAAUCCUUGAGGGGCCCCUUAAGAGCGAGAGAAAUGAAUGAAUCCCCCACCCAUUGAAUAUUGGACAAUUAGGAAGUUGGACCACCCAAGAACAGAAUCAUGGAGACCUAUGGGGUCCUUUAAUGCUAUUCUCACAACAGCCCUGUAAGGUAGGUCAGGCAGAGAGGGAAUGGCAUAGAUGGAGAAGUGAAAAAAAUAAGUUUCCCCUCUAUGGCAUCAAAAUUCCCUGAAACGGUAUAACCCCAGGGGAUUGUGGGGCGAUUGACAUAAACUCUUCACUUGGGGUUCUUCCCCUGUGUCUUAACUUUUCUCCCCUGCAGUGGUGACGGUGUGAUUGUGGAGGGGCAGCUCUUGGACGUGUCCCGCCAUCUCAUCUUGGAUGAUGCUGACAAAAAGGUGAGGCUUCUAAUGAGAGCAGAAGAGCGAUCCUGCUGGAUCGGACCAGUACUCAGCCUCCUGUUCCCCCGCAGGAACCUCUGAGAAGCCCCAUAAGUGCAGGGCAGGAAAGCCAUAGCCUGUUCUGAAGCUCUGGUGCUGGAGGUCUGACACAGCCAUCAAGACAAAAAGCCAUUGAUAGUGUUAUCCUCCAUGAAUUAGUUCUCACUUGUUCAUGGCAUUAUAUUGAGAGUUAGUUUGCAUUGAAGCGGUUCGUGUGACCCCUCUCCUUGCCAUCUGCACCACUCAGAAUGCUGCCUUUGCUGUGGGAAAUGAAGGGAUGUGUCUGCACCACAAAUACAGUAAUCCCACCUGGGAAUCCUGGUGUGGGAGUAAAAGAUACAUAAUCUCCUUUGCCGAAACACAAAAAUAUCAGUUCUCACAAUUCCUGGCAGGUCAAGUUUGUGUGCCUUGAAUUGGAGAGGGAAGGGGUCCUGCUAAGCAGCAGUUUUAGAUUGGAUGAGGGUAAUAAACAGCAAUUUGGGAGAGCUGGCUUUGGCUUUGCUUCUAGAUGGCCAGGUGGCACCAGUGGCCAGGAGUGGUUUCUUUUACUAGCUGUGUCUUAAAUGCCAGCUGUGCUCUUUUCUUAAGAAACCAGGGCUGGUCUUGUCACCUCCAAACUACACUACAGUGGUACCUCGGUUUAAGAACAGCCCUGUUUACGAACUAUUCUGUGUAAGAACUCUGCAAAACCAGAAGUAGUGUUCCGGUUAGCGAACUUUACCUCAGUCUACAAACAGAAGCCGAAUGGUGGAAGGGCACUGGUGGUGGGAGGCCUCAUUAGGGAAAGCGCGCCUUGGUUUAAAAACAGCUUUGGUUUAAGAACGGACUUCCGGAACAGAUUAAGUUCAUAAACCAAGGCACCACUGUACUGUAAUGUGCUGUAUGUGGGGAUGCCCUUGAAGACCCUCCAGAAGCUUCAGAAUGCAGCUGCUAUGGUUUUGAUGGUGCCAGUCAUUCUGAUCAAAUUAACUUCACUCUCAUUCCACCUACAUUUAUUGCCACUUGCUUCCAUGUUUCCGAGCACAAUUCAAAGUGUUGGUGCUGACCUUUAAGCCCUAAAUGGCAUCGACCCAGUAUACCUGAAGGAGUGUCUCCACCCCUAUCGUUCAGCCCGGACACUGAGGUCCAGCUCCGAGGGCCUUCUGGCAGUUCCUCACUGCGAGAAGUAAGGCUACAGGGAACCAGGCAAAGGGCCUUCUCGGUCGUGGUGCCCGCCCGGUGGAACACCCUCCCAUCAGACGUCAAGGAAAUAAACAACUAGCUGGCAUUUAGAGGACAUCUGAAGGCAGCCCUGUUUAGGGAAGUUUUUAAUGUUUGAUGUUUUAUUGUUUUUUUAUAUUCUAUUGGGAGCUGCCCAGAGUGGCUGGGGAAACCCAGCCAGAUGGGCAGGGUAUAAAUAAUAAAUCAUCAUCAUCAUCAUCAUCAAACCCUAAAGCGCCCAGGACUGGAAUAUCUCAAGAAAUGCCUCCCUGUAUGCAAGUCUGUUGAGAACUUUAUUCCUCUGCUGAGACUCUGCUUUGGGAGUCCCACAGUCUUCAGACAUAAAGCCAGUAUGUAGCUUGUGGUUGUGGCACCCAGAUUUGGAACAAUUGGAAAUUCCUUGGCCUCACUAGAUUGCUUCUCAUCACUUUUAGGAGGGCAGUAAAGGCAGCGUUGCUUCAGUGGACUUUUUCCAAAAAAGAUGGUUUUGUUGCUACUGCUUUCACCAGAUUUGGCUAUUAGUGCAUAUUAUUAUUUUUUUAGGCUGCCUUGAAUAUUUCAUAGUGCACAUUUUGAGGAUAAUAUUGAAUAUCCUGCAGAUCCAAGGGGUUUUUUUGUGUGUGUGGGAGAUUAGGAACUGGAGUCUGUCCCCAAAACAGGAGAGGCCCUUGGGUCCUAAGCCUCCUGCCCUGCCCCACCCUGAGAGGAUGAGCAGGUGAUCCUCCUUGCUGGUGGACUGGAUUAUUUGCCAGAUGGGGAGAGAAGGGAGGGGACUGACACAAUCUGAAGGUUAUGUCAUGUAGCCAGAUUGCAUUGCUGACGUUUCUCCUUGGAUAUUUGUUUGUUACCUUGACAUCCUGCCUUUCCAUCAAAAGGUAACUAACAGUACUUCGUCCAAGGUAAAUAACAGUAAUAAAAUCCGCAAUAAAAAAGGAUCAGUCUAUAGACAACAUGGCAAUAAAACUGGAUAAAAGCAUAUAGAAAAAGGCAGUUAAUUGAAAGCAUAGUUAACUUAGAAGUACAUAUUUAAAUACAGCAACAGAGCCAAACAAACCAGCCUAGUGACCCAAACACCUGUUUGAAUGAAGAUGGUUUAUCCUAGCUAAAUGGGGUCCAUCCUCAAGGGGACUAUAUGGCCUUCCCCCUGCCUCUGGAUGCAGUCUCUGGGGAAACUCUUUUCUCGAGUUCCCAGCAGUGUGCAUCAGAUGUUGGCUGGACAGAUAGAAAGGCCUCUCUUGAAGACCGCAAUACCAGAUCAGGGCUGUGCAGUAGAGUAACCUUCAGGAAGUCUAACCCUGAGCCUUUUAGGGGUUUAUAAGUCACAAUUGGCACAUUGAAUUGUGCUGAAAAUGGUCUGGGAGGCAAUGGUAGCUGUUGUCACCUUAGAGUCCCAGGCCUCCUCUCAAUCCCUGGCAAGGUCCUAACUGCAGCAUUCUGGGCCAGAAACAAUUCCUGAACAAUCUUUGAGGGACAGCUCCACGUAAAGUCACCCAUGUAGCAGUUGCCCAAACAAGAUGUAACAAAGGCAUGUCUCACCAGGGCCAGAGCUGACACCUCCAGGAGCAGCAGAGGUGGGCUUGAUGCACCAGCCUCAGCUGAAUAAAAAACACCUCUAGGGAUCUAGAAAAGAAUCUAGGGGGCAGCCCCUAAGCAAGGAACCCCAUGGUUUUUCAGUGAAAGUGCAGCCUCAUGCAAAACCAACUCUCUGAUCUGACUUUCAGUUUUCCAGGAGCAGCUCUGCCUUGUCUGGUUCAAGUUCCAGCUCACUCACCCUCAUCCAGUAUGACACUGAUACCCUGCAUAUUGUUCUAGAGGGAGAAAUAUAGAGUAAUUCAUUCUUGCUAGCUGUGAGUGUGAUUUUUUUUUUUUGCGCAACCCGCUGUAAUUUUUGCAUUGGUUCUGUGACUGUUGGAAACUAGAAAUGAGCAGUUUUCGUUUUUGUGUCUGUCUUCUUCAUGAUGAUUGUUGACAAUGGCUGGUGCUGGGGAUUGUCAACACUGGCUGGUGAACGCCAACAUGCUCCAGUUUUUUUACAUCCACAGUAAUACAGAGUUGCAAAUGUAGUGGCAAUAGCACUGGUAGGUGGUAACAACAGUCAAAAGUGAUGGUGUUUUCUAAAGACUCAGAGUGAGCAGAUUCUCUGUCCUUCCCAAACCCCAGGAACGCUACUUCGUGCUAUACAUCAGGCCAAGGCUUGUUCAUCGCCGCAAAUUUGACCCCAAGGGGAAGGAGGUGGAGCCCAACUUCAGCGAAACUCGGAAGGUCAAUACUGGCUUCCUCAUGGCAUCCUACAGUGAGUUUUGCCCAGAAGCCUCUCCUUGGUCUGCCUUAGCAGAGCAGAGGGUAAUGUUCCUGCAGAGCAGACUUGGGAGGUUGCCCUGUUUUCCUGGGUAGUGAACUGGGGUGUCUCAGCAUGUGAUCUGCCUUUCCUCUUAUGAAUUUCCCCUGCCAUGUGGGGUGGGGAGAUUGAGAGCAUGUCCAGCAUGGUUGUAGAACAGCCUUUGCUAAUCUGGUGCCCUGCUGGGGCUGAUAGGAACUGUAGCCCCAAAAUAUUUGGAGGGUACCAAGUUGGUGAAGAUUGCUCUAGGAUCUGCUUGGGUGUAGGAGGCUUUUUUCAAGGGUGGCAGGUGUGGUCCCCAGCCUAAGACCAGGAGCUGGGAGUUGAUGGCUCCUGUGUGUGUGUGCCUGGGCCUUUGGGUAAGGCCCUCCUUGUACACAUCAGUCUUUUUUCUUCUUCUGUGUUGUGAUGGACAGAGGUGGAGGCCAAGGGCAAGACCGACAGGCUGACCCCAGAAGAGCUGGAGUGCCUGGUGACCAAGCCAGAGUUGGUGAAGGUGACGCAGCCCUACACACCCAGCCAGGCUGUGGCCUUCUGGCUGCCUGAGAGUGAGAUGGAGAAGAUGGAGCUGGAGGUGGGGAUGGAGAUCCGCUUGAGGACUCUGGGAGAUGGACCCUUUGUCUGUAAGUGCUGCAGGCAGAGCUGCUGCCACAAAGCCUCUUUUCCCUGGUCAACCCCUUUACCCAUUUACCAUCCCUGCUGGGCCAGCCUGGGGAAUGAGCCUUCCUCAUGCUAGGACCUGGAUUUGCCAAAGCAUCAACAUUUUCUGGAAGGGGACACCCUGGUGUGACUAGACUCCUUCCUCCAGUCUAUAUUCCAUUAGAAACUUCAGGGACGUAGGAGGCUGCCUGCAACUGAAUCAGGCCAUUGGUUCAUCUAGCUCAGUACUGCCUACACUGGCUGGCAGCAGCUCUCCACAGGGUUCUUUUGUCCGGCCCUACCAGGAGGUGCCAUGGGGAAUUGAACCCCCAUGCCAAACAGCUGCGCUGCCACUUAGCUCUUGCCACUUUUUUUCUCCUUUCCAGUCUCCUUAGCCAAGCUGGAUGUGGGGACAGUGACCAAGUGCAAUUUUGCUGGUGACCAGCAGGCUGGGGCCUCCUGGACAGACAACAUCUUGGCUUUCAAGGAUCAUGGGGAGCCGUCCGAUGAACCCCGAGGGCAUGGGGAUGGCGCGGAAGAUGCCGAAUGGGUAUGUGGAUGACCACUCUAGAUUGAGCAGCCAGGGCGGGGGGGUUCUCUCUGGCAUGAGCUGGAUUUGCUCCAGUCCAGGAGCCAGACUGACCCUGUUCUGGUGGGGCUGACUUCAGGGUCCUGUGCCUGGAGCCCUGGGUGGGAACAAAGCCUGUCUAGGGGUCCCUUGGAAUAACUGCUGCUGUUCUCUGCAGGAUGACUAA